UUGUGGUGCUUGUCUCGAUGUUGUGUAUGUAAUUUUUUUCCGGGUACGUGCGAUUGCACAUUGGAAAGUGGUAUUCCUGUGUCGUGAUCGGAUUACUAAAACUAACUUCCAAAGACAUACAUUAGCCGCUGAAAAUUUAGUCAUUCAAACAUAGUGUGAGGACGGUCUUAAUGGCAGCUGUUAGCACCUUUAGCAAUAUGAACAAAAUGUAUAGAGCAUGUUUCCACGCUAGUCGUCAAGCGGCUGCCCUAAAGGCGUCGAGGCUACUUAACAACAGAACUUUCAGAGUCAACUCCACGCACAGACAACAGCCGUUCGACUCAACGCUGGAAAAGCCUCAGUUUCCCGGUGCCUCCGCGGAGUUUGUGGACCAACUGGAGUUCAUCGAGCCCAAUGUAAUCGCAGGCAUCCCAGUGUACCGGGUCAUGGACCGCCAGGGCAACAUCAUCAACCCCUCCCAAGAUCCUCAGCUCUCUAAAGAGACGGUUCUGAACUUCUACCACAAAAUGACGCUGCUGAACACGAUGGACCGCAUUCUCUAUGAAUCCCAGAGACAGGGGAGGAUUUCUUUCUACAUGACCAACUAUGGCGAGGAGGGCACGCACAUUGGCAGUGCCGCCGCUCUCGAGCCAAACGACAUGGUCUUUGGACAAUACCGAGAAGCUGGCGUGCUGAUGUAUCGCGGCUUCUCCCUGGACUCAUUCAUGGCUCAGUGCUACGCCAACGCGGACGACCUGGGCAAAGGCCGCCAGAUGCCUGUGCACUAUGGCUCACGGGAUCUAAACUUUGUCACCAUCUCCUCACCACUGGCCACGCAGAUCCCGCAAGCGGUCGGAGCCGCAUACGCCAUUAAGCGCGAAAACAUCAACCGAGCUGUGAUUUGCUAUUUCGGCGAGGGGGCGGCCAGCGAGGGAGACGCCCACGCCGGCUUCAACUUCUCAGCCACGCUCGAGUGCCCACUCAUCUUCUUUUGCCGCAACAACGGCUACGCCAUCUCCACACCCACCAAUGAGCAGUACCGUGGCGACGGCAUUGCUGCUCGCGGUCCGGGCUAUGGCAUGCUGUCCAUCCGCGUGGACGGAAACGAUGUGUUCGCCGUGUACAACGCCACCAAGGAGGCUCGGCGCAGAGCCGUCGCCGAGAACCAGCCCUUCCUCAUUGAGGCCAUGACAUACAGAAUCGGCCACCACAGCACCAGUGAUGACAGCUCGGCGUACCGCUCAGUGGACGAGGUCAAUUACUGGGACAAGCAGGACCACCCCAUCUCGCGCCUACGCCACUACAUGGCGUCGCGGGGCUGGUGGAGCGAGGACGACGAGCGCGCCUGGCGCAAGCAAUCACGCCAGACCGUCAUGGAGGUGUUCGAACGGGCCGAGAAGCGUCUGAAACCCAACCCGGAGCUGCUCUUCACUGACGUCUACGAGGAAAUGACACCCGCCCUCACCAAGCAGCGCGAGUCGCUCUUCCGCCACGUGCAGCAAUACAAGGAGCACUACCCCCUCGACCUUUACGACAAAGACUCUCACUGAAUGUUUUUUUUCCAUGGGUUCUCAAACAGGGGUCCGCAAAAUAAUUGGUCAUAAAUUGUCAUGUGUUCCCCCUCCCCCUAAAAAAGUGCAAAUUGCUAGCCUAAUAGCAUAAUUGUCCAUGUCAUUUUUAAGUUACUGUCACAAACUGUCCCCCUAUAUUUCCUUUGGACCAAUUCCAAGCUCUGAUAACAUUUUGCUGGAUCAUGACAUAAAUAUGACUUUUUUUUUGGCGUAUUACAAUAAUAUAUUUUUUUUGGUAUAAUAAGUUGCUUAGAACGUAUUGCCAGCCUAUUUUGUAGUGAGAGGGGUUACAGAAUAAAGGCAUUUAUCUCCAAAAACUAAACAGUGUACAGUAAUGUCAAAAAAGUUUCUUUGAAAUAUAAUUGUCUUCUCUCCUCAAACUUUGAAUGUAAUAUAUUAUGACUACAUUGAGAAAAUUCAUCUUUAAUCUGAUUACCGGGACAGCUUUUUAUCCCGAAAAAUAUAUCUGACCGUCUUGUAAAGAAAAAAAAAAGUUCCCCAACAAAUACUCCUGUAUUCUUGGAAAAUAACACCUUUUAUAAACAGUGUAAUUGCUCUUUUAAAGAUUGCAGUUUCUCUUCAUGUAAAAAUUCUUUAUUCUUAUUCUUUUUUCUGUCUUUUUCCUCCAUUAGGCAACUUCUUAAUUCCUAUGGCAUUCAGAGGUAGACAUUAGUUGUCUCAAAGCACGAUUGCCUAAUUCAUUUUUAACUUACUACUGUAAAAAAAAAAAAAAAAAAAAAUCUUGAUCAUCCACAGAAGUUGAAUUGAGGCUACUGAACUCUUUAUUUUUCCCAAGGCGAUAUAUCAAUAUAGGUCAACAUGACUUAGGCAACUAUGUUAUUAGGCUAACAGAGCUCACGGGAGGGAGGGGAGUAAAAAAUUGUUCCCUCUAAGAUGUCCUUAGAGACGAAAAGUUUGAGAACCCCUGCUUUCUAAUGAUGCACAACAAUGUAGUUUUGAUGAAAAGUGUGUGUUUUCAUAGAUGUUCUUCUGCUUGGUGCCUUACGGUUAACACACGUGCUUAUCAUUUUAUCACUAAAUUGGAGUGAACGUCAUGUGAAGACGGAAAUACUUUUUGUGUGUAGAUGCAAAUACUUUUUGUCUCCUCUUCAGCUUUGUUUGUUCUGCUUUUCAGUGGGUUAUGGAAAACUUGUUACACAUUAAUAGAUAGCAGACAGGUGUAGCUCCUUUCAUGCCGUGUUUUGUGGAGGAAUAAAAAGUUUAAUUCUUGGAUCCACA